UUAUGAUUUGAAGAAGUAUAAGGGAGAUAACCUUGUGACACACGGGUAUCGGUAGCAGUGUCUGGGAAUACAACGCUACAUUGUACACGCAGAAGAUUCAUCAAUAUGGCGAACCGACUUGGAGAGUUCUAUGCACGUAUUACCAAAGAUCUGGACAUCACCAUGGACUUUUGGUUAAAACAUUCACACGAUGAGAAUAAUGGGGGAUUUUUUAAUUGUCUCAGUAAAGAUGGAAAGGUGUAUGACCGACUGAAACACGUCUGGCUACAGGCAAGACAGGUAUGGACAUACUGUCGCCUUUACAACGAAGUGGAGCGAUUCCGACGACCAGACAUCUUACAGACAGCUAUUAAAGGAAUGAACUUUCUACAAAAACACGCUAAGGACCCGCAGACCUGGAAGUGCCACCUGGUACUGACAGAGGACGGCAAAGCCGUAAAGACCCAGCGCUCCAUCUUCUCGGAGUGUUUCUAUCUGAUGGCUCUGUCCGAGACAGGCAGAGCGAGCGGGGACAAUACUUACAUGGCAGAGGCCUUACAGAUGAUGGACAAGAUAGUGUUCUGGGUUCGCGAGGACGACACAGACUUGGGACAGCCCGCUAUGGAGGGUGCGGUGUCCACCAGCUCACUCGCUGUACCCAUGAUGCUGAUGUGUUUGAUUGAUCAGCUGGAAACAGUAGACCCAACACUGGAAGUCAAGUACAGGGAUCUCACAGGCUGGUGUCUGACAGAGGUCAAGAAACAUAUCCAGAGGGACGGAUCUGUUAUCUUGGAGAAUGUGAGUCCGGAAGGGGAGGAACUCCCAGGAAGUAUGGGGAGGUUGAUGCUACCAGGCCACUCCAUCGAGGCUGGCUGGUUCCUACUGCAGCACGCCAUCAACAAGAGUAAGGACGACCUGAAAAAGAUGGCCAUUGACAAGUUCAUCCUAAACCCUUUCCAGUACGGCUGGGACAAGACACACGGGGGACUGCUGUACUUCCUGGACGUGGACAACUGGUCACCAACACAACUCGAGUGGGACAUGAAACUGUGGUGGGCCCACAACGAGGCUCUCAUAGCCUUCCUCAUGGUGUACAAAGAAACCGAGGACACCAAAAUGAUUGACAUAUUCGCAAAAAUAUUCGACUACAGCUACUCCCACUUUGUUGACGAGAAAAAUGGCGAAUGGUACGGAUAUCUCAAUCGAAAUGGAGAAAUCAGCAUGGACUUCAAGGGUGGACCUUGGAAAGGGUGUUUCCAUGUUCCUCGUUAUCUGAUGAUGUGUGAAAAGAUGCUGAAGGAACUCGCAAAAUAAAGUUUCCAUCUACUCAAAAUGUGUCAACGCUGCUGAGAUAGCUGUUAAAUGAGUCAACAUUCAUGACGAUCAUCUUUCAAGAAUUUGACAUUGUUAAGAAUUUUUUUAUAAGAAUUCAAGGAUACAAUAUUAAUGAACACUAUUGUUUUAUAUUCAUCAUUGUUGAUACAGUGGAUAAUUUUGUGCAAAGAUAUCUUAUUGGACCAUUCACGAUUAUAUUUGAAGGUUAUAGAUUUUCAUCUCCGUUAACAUUUAACUAUAGAAUAACUUGGUGGCAAUCUAACUUUGUUAUUCCCCCCACAGCUGGAGGCAUAUCACAUAUACUCUACCUACAACUGCCCAAUCUUGUAUGCAGAUAGUGGAGUGUCUCAAACUGAAAUUGUUCUCAACAAUACAGAGUUAUGGCCCUUUGUCACUUUUUGUUAACGAAUUUUGCCCAGAUAUGGGGGACUAUGGAUUGCUUGUCAACAAGGUAUUCUACUACAUCAUCACAUGGAAAGUUAGAUUAUAGUAUCAAGCUUGUAUUCAUACAAUGAUAACAUACUUUUCAAAAUGAAAUUCAUUUGCAUCAGAUUUCCUGUUCACCAAAAUACAAAAUGUGUAUAUAUCUUUGUAUCUGAAUGUGGACAGCUUUAUCCUCAAAAGAUUUGCUGAUACUGCUUAUCAUGACAUAAAUAAUAAACAUUUGAAAUCUUUGUUUUCAUGCUUUUGUAUAACUGGUAAUCUGACAUGCAAGGCAACAAAAAACAGAUUGCGAACUAGAUCAUUAGUGUACAACAUAAUCACAUAAAUGAAACUCAAAGAAAACAAAACCCCAAAACCCCAACUGUUCCAGCAUGUUGGAUUAAUACUGUGUACCUUUGAUAGGAAAUGUUACAAUAGUGACAACAAAUUGUACAAAAUAGCAGACUUUAUUACAAUUUUGCAUGAUAUACAUAAAAGAAGUUUUAAACAAAAUAUUCACCUUCUCUAUUGUCUUCUGGAGUUGUAUUUAAGAAUUCCUUCAGGGACUCAACAACUUUUCAUACAGGAGACCGAUUGGAACAUAAUACCUUGGUUCUAUUGUCUUGACCAAAUAGAGGUCGGGGCAACCAGUCAUUCAUCCUCGAUAUCCAUGGGUUACGCUCACUUUCGCUCUCUGCACCCCUGGAAUAUGUCAUAGUAAAAUCGAAGGCUCAAUGUGCAGUACUUUGUGGAAGAGACAAGAAAACUAGUUUGAUGCUUUGAUGUUCAUCAAAAUAUCACGGUCGUCCAACUGUAAAAAUUGACAGGCUUUGAAGUCGGGCAUCGCUCUGUUGUAAUCUUCAAAAAAAGACAAGUAUCAACCUAGUGAUUGGAUAGUGUUUUUUUUACCCGACACCAAUCAAAUAGCUAGCCGUGUGCCUUCAAUUUUGCUAUGACAUAUCCCAGGGGUGUCGAGAGCGAAAGUGAGCAUAACCCCCUGGAUAUCGAGGAUGCCAGUCAUUGUACAUGUAUUAAUAAUAAACUUGAAAGAUUCAGGAACAUGCUACACGAAGUCAGUAAUGUCUUUGAUUACUGUAAAAGUAGAAUUUUGGAAGUGUGGAAAUGUUUGCAUUUUUUUAAUGAUGAGUAAAUUAAGCCUAUAUGAAUUUUACAUAUUAUAAUUAUCCCACAAAACAGUUGUCAAAACGAAAACGCCCACUUUUUCAGUAUCAGAAAGCAUCUUUGAUUGUGAUAAGACUUGGCAUAAAACACAUACAUAAACACCACAUAAAGCUCAUACCUAGAGCUCAACUAUAUGGAACUGGUGUAUGAAAAUAAGUGAGCCGGAAAAUGUUACAAAACUUUGUGUUUGUUUCCUUUUUCAAGUUUACAAGUGUUGACAGCUGAUUCACAAGGAGGCUCAGGUACUGCAAAUUAAUUUUAAUUCACCAGGACUUAUAUAAAAGCAUUUUCGAUACAAAUGACUGUCACAAGGUUGAUUAAUAGUGAAAGGAAUAACAUUAUAUUUCUAAGUUUAAUUAAUUGUAUGUGAAUAUGAAAAAUAAUUACAAGACGUGUGUAUUCAUGAUCUGCUCUUAUCACAAAUUCAUAAACAAAAAGGCAAACUAAAUUACACACAGAACUAGUGUAAGCUGAAUAUUUCAUAAAAAGUGAACAAAAUCAUCCAACAACCAAAGCAGUGAAAGUGAAAAAGUGAUGUUUGAAUCAAAUAUCAGAGUAAUACAACUUUUUAAAAAGUUUAUAGCCGAAAUAAUUUAGUUUUAUACUAUUUAUCUAAGCUAAGGGCUAUUCUAGAUAUGAAUAUAUGGGGAUACAGAGGGAGGGGGCA